AUGAGAAAAAGAGUUUGGGUUAAUGCCGGAGAUAUCGUUUUGGUCUCCUUGAGAGAAUUCCAGGAUAACAAAGGAGACGUCAUCGCUAAGUCAGAUCUCUUCACUCUUAUAACUUUUUUUCUAUUCAUAGUAGUGGUGGUUGUUGUCGUGGUGGUGGUGGUGGUGGUGGUGGUGGUUAGGGUGGUGGUGGUUGUUGUUGUUGUGGUGGUGGUGGUUAUGGUGGUGGUGGUGGUUAUGGUGGUGGUGGUGGUUGUUGUUGUGGUUGUGUUUAUGGUGGUUAUGGUGGUGGUGGAUCUCGUGGUGGUGUUUAUGGUGGUGGUGGUGGUUGUGCUGCUGCUGCUGUUGCUGCUGCUGCUGCUGCUGCUGUUGCUGCUGCUGUUGCUGCUGUUGCUUCUGGUUGUUUCAUGUGCUGCUUUCUCUAUACAAUUCCACAUAUUUCCCAAAUCCCAACAAUAUUUCAAAUAA